AUGGAACAGUCUGUCCAGCGCCUACUGACGGAUAAACUUUACGACAAGCGAAAGCAAGGUGCUCUUGAGCUUGAACGUCUUGUCCGCGAGGCGUCUGCCGCCAAAGACUACGAUAAGAUCAGCAAAGUCGUUGACCAGUUGUGCCACGAUUUUGCUUAUGCUGUGCAUCAGCCACACGCCCGCAAUGGAGGUCUUAUCGGUCUUGCCGCCGCCUCAAUAGCGCUGGGCGCUGACGCAGUAGCGCCAUUCUUGUCGGAGAUAGUGCCUCCUGUUCUUGCUUGCUUCACGGACCAAGAUGCCCGAGUCCGCUACUACGCCUGCGAGGCUAUGUACAACAUUGCCAAGGUUGCCAAAGGAGAGAUUCUUCGAUUCUUCAACGAUAUUUUCGACGCCCUCUGCAAGCUAUCCGCCGACACCGAGCUUUCCGUAAAAAAUGGUGCUGAGCUCCUCGACCGUCUCGUCAAGGAUAUUGUGUCCGAGUCCGCCGCCUCAUACGUAUCUGUGCUAGAUUACAAGGAGAAAGCCGCCCCAGAUGACCACUCCGACCAGUCUAGCGCUGAGCUACCGACCGCGUUCUCUCUCGACAAGUUCAUACCUGUCCUUGAAGAACGUUUAUUCACCAACAAUCCGUUCACGAGGACUUUCCUCGUUUCCUGGUUAUCGUUAUUGGAUACGAUCCCUGACCUCGAGUUGGUAUCCUACCUACCAUCCUUUCUCGGCGGUAUAUUCACCUUCCUCGGCGACUCCAACAGAGAUGUCUAUGUCGCCACUCAUGGUCUGCUAGACAAGUUCUUGACCGAAAUCAAGAAGAUCGCGAAGAUCAAGCGCGAUAUUGCCGAGAGCCGACGGAGUCGUGCUGGUCGACCUAGACGGACAGAAAGCCAGGCCGAGAGUGCUACGCUCGCUGAUUCAGCUUCGAACGAUAAUGCCAUCGAGGAUUUCGAUUCGGCGUCUCCGGACGAGCAAGACACGGAUGGAGACUGGAUUCCGGGCCAGGAUGUCCUUGUCGAGCAUACGCAAAUCCUCGACAUUCUGCUCAAGUUCAUCAACGUUUCAUCAACAAAGGCCGAAGACCCAGAUUUCAAAGGACCUGAGGGCUUGUCCAAAGAGAAGGAAGAAGACAUUGGCGUUGUCGCUCUUAGGUGGAUUGACAGCUUCUUUGAAGUCAGUCCAGAAGACAUCCUCCAAUUCGUACCGCGACUCGUAUCACAAGUUCUACCGGCUCUUAGCGCACGAGCUGAUAGUGUCCGUACUACAGCCAGCCGCGUAAACAGGUCUCUAAUGGAUUACAUUGUCACGCUGCAAGACGAUCCAAGCAUUCCUGAAGGCGAAUCGCGAAAGGGUCAUGCAGACCAGCAAGGCGGAGAGUCCGAGGCACCGAGCGAGUUCAACAAGCCCCUACCAGAGGUACCAGCAGCUGCUAGGAGUAUUCAGACUCCAUCGCCGUCCCCAGCCGCCGAUCUAGACUAUGCUGCUGCUGUCAACGCCUUGACACUACAGUUCCUCAAUGAGCAUGAGGAAACGCGUGUCGCUGCUCUGGGGUGGCUGAUCAUGCUGCAUCGCAAAGCGCCUAAGAAGGUGCUCGCGUUCAACGACGGAACCUUCCCGGCUUUGCUUAAGACACUCAGCGAUCCCGCCGAUGCAGUGGUCAUCCGAGAUCUGCAGCUGCUGUCGCAAAUAUCCAUCAAUUCUGAUGACGGAUACUUCUCCUCGUUCAUGGUGGCCCUAUUGCAGCUCUUCUCAACGGACCGUAAACUUCUUGAGAUACGAGGCAAUCUGAUUAUCAGGCAGUUGUGCAUCAAUCUCCAGCCAGAAAGAAUCUACCGCACACUAGCCGAUUGCAUAGAGAAAGACGAGGACAUUGAGUUCGCCAGCAUCAUGGUCCAGAACCUGAACAAUAAUCUGAUCACGGCACCAGAGCUUGCCGAACUGCGGAAGCGUUUACGCAACCCUGAGAGCAGAGACGGACAGGCAUUUUUCGUUGCCUUGUUCCGAGCAUGGUGCUACAACGCCGUGGCCACCUUCUCGCUCUGUCUCCUCGCACAAGCCUACGAGCAAGCCUACAACCUUCUCCAGAUUUUCGCAGACCUCGAAAUGACGGUCAAUAUGCUCAUACAAAUUGACAAGCUCGUACAACUCCUUGAGAGCCCUGUUUUCACAUACCGGUAUCCCUACCUCUACAAAUGCCUCUACGGCCUGCUAAUGCUCCUCCCACAAUCAUCCGCCUUCGCGGCGCUGAAAAACCGCCUCAAUUCCGUGUCAGCGAUAGGUUUGCUGCACACGCCCGUCGGUAUGCCAUCGAGCGGUCCGCGCCCAUCGUACGUCCACCCAAUGCCUUCCUCCUCCCAGUUCGCGUCCUCCACCGGUGUCGUCGGCGCCGCCGCCCCUCCCAUGCCAUCCCCUCCACUGUCGUCCGCCUCCCAUUCAGGCUUCCAAUUCGGCGGCGCGCACACCCAUUCCCGUGCCCGCUCGACUGACAAGCCACUCCCCCUGACUGCGCUCGGCUCGCUAACAUUCUCCUCCUCGUCCCCCAGCGUCGUCGCAGCCUCCAAUCUCGGUGGCUCGUCGUCCAACCCUAAUGCCACGGGCCGGCUCGGGCGCUCAAGUCGCGAUGCCGGCGCCGGCAGCGGCGGCGCAUCAGCGGAAACGGUGCGCUGGCCGGAACUCUUGGAGAAGUUCCGCGGCACGCAGGAGAAGGCGCGGUGGCGCAGCGAACGGGCCAUGCGCGGCGAGGUCGUGGGCGGUGGGCUGGAUGCGCUAGGUGGAGGGCCCGCGACGCGAAGCCUGCUGGCGCUGGACCUGGACGGGCGCGAAGGGCGCACCAGCGCCGGGGCCGGCGGCGUGGACUCGGCAAGCGGAGGUGCGAGGUCGCUGGGUCCGGGCAGGCCUGGCAGCGGGCUGGGCAGACCGAUUGGCUCGUCGAUGGGGCCGCCAGGGCUGAGAGUUCCCAACAAUGGUAUGGCCGGGGGCGGUGGUGGGGUGGGAAGCUCUGGGUCUGGGGCGGGCGUGGGCGGUGGUGCUGGCGGUGGGUUGGCGGGCGACACCUACAAGGGUCACAAGAGUCGGCAGAGCUUGGUCGGCAAGUUCACGAGUGGGAUUGCUAGGAGCACGGGCAGCCGGGAGCGCGACAAGGGGAAGGAAAAGAAGUAA